AUGGCAACUACUACACGAAGUAAACAUAAACAAAUGGAACAGAUGGCCAAAGAAGCAGUAGUAGAGAAAGAAAAUUUAGCACAGGAUGUUAUAGAAGAGAGUGAAGAUGACUCUGAUUAUGAAGCUAAAGACAAAAUUAGCAAACAAUCAAAACAGCAAAAAGCAUCAACUAAAAUUGGAAGACCAAAACAAGCUGGGUAUGGAGUUUUUUGA